AUGAGCUCGUUUUGUGUCAUUUGUUCUGACAGAUUUCGCGAUUCUGAACAUGUCGUUGCUACUACAUGUGGCCAUAUUUAUCAUUUUAGCUGUAUCACGAGAUGGUUAGGAGAAAAUAAAACCUGUCCGGAGUGCCGCUCGAUUUUAAGAGAAAAUAGACUCUUGAGAUUAUAUUUCAAUGUUCAGCAUGAUGAUUCUAUUGUUUCAAGUUUCGAUAGCGAAAUUAUAACUCUUAGGAAAACUUUAGAGAAGAAAGACCUUACAAUUGAGUCUUUAAAUGACAAGAUUAAUGGGAUUAGAGAAUACUUUAGCACAACAGAGGAAAAGUAUGUGAAAGAACUUAGCAAAUAUCAAGAAAAGACCGAGAGGCUAGAAAGAUCUGUCCGACAUUUAUCAUCGGUAGAAAAAAAUGUUAAUAAGUUAGAGCAAGAGAAUCGCCAAUUGAGAAGUAACAUCGAAGGAAUGAAAGAUGUUCAGACAUUAGUUUCUGGGUGUCAGAAAGAUGUACAAGACAUGGUGGAUAAAUGUGUCCAGGAGAAGGAUUUUCAACAAUUAGCUACUUUAUGUGUUGUGAUGAAGAGAGAAUUGAAUAAAGCCCUUGAAUCAAAAUCUAAACUUCGAGAUGAUGUAGGGUACCUAACAAAGCAAAAAGGUGCAUUGAAGAAAGAUGCUAAUAGUGCAAUACAAGUGGGCUACAACGGAUUUGGAGGUCACAGGCCAGUUUUGAACUGA